AUGAUGACAGAGUCCUCCAUGCGGUAUUUAACUUCUAUUAACCAAGAUAUUGAACUUAAUGAUAUUCCUACGAAUAUCGGCGAACAGCAAUGCAUUGACUCGAAUAAAAUUUCCUCACAUGAAAAAUGUAAUUCUAUUAAAAAUUGGUGGCACAAGGCUACAAAAAUAUUUGCCUGUCUUAAUGUAGAAGAACGUGGUAUUGAACGAAUAUCUUCGGAAGAUCGAACUGAUGUAACAAUUAUCAACACAGCAAUGAUAUGGGUCAGCGCAAAUAUAAUUAUACCAUGUUUUGCUGCGGGUACACUCGGUCCAGCAGUAUUCGAGUUAGAUCUCAAUAAUUCUUUUGUAACUAUUAUCAUUUUUAAUCUAUUGGGAACAUUGCCAAUAGCAGGCAUGGCUUAUUUUGGUCCAGCAUCUGGUCUACGUACAAUGAUCUUUUCUCGUUAUAGUUGGGGUUAUUAUGCUGUUAAUGGUAUCACUGGUGCACAAACAUUACGUGUUGUAUUCAAUGAUUCAUUUCCUAUAACUGUUGGAAUAAUUAUAAUUGCUAUAAUAACGAUGAUCGUCUCAUUUAUAGGUUAUAAAUGGAUUCAUAUCUAUGAACGAUAUUCAUGGAUACCAGUAUUUAUAGGAUAUUGUAUAUUAGCAGGAGUUGGUGCCAAAUAUUUUACAAAUAGUAAAAUGGUAUUUCACAAUGCAACAAUAUCCAACAAUAGUAGAACUUUUCGUCUUGAAUUAUCUCGUAUUCUAACUUUUGGUUCAGUAAUUUUUGGCACUGCAUGUAGCUGGUGUCCAUUGGCAGCUGAUUACAACACCUAUUUUCCUGAAAGUACAAGUCAACAAAAAAUUUUUCUUCUUACUUAUAUUAGCAAUUUUGUAUCAAUGACUGUAAUGCAAUUACUUGGUGUAGCUGCUUAUACUGGGACACAUACAAAUCAAAAUUGGAAACAAGCAUAUGAAAUAAAUAAUGUUGGUGGAUUAUUGGGUGCCAUUUUAUCACCUCUUCGUGGUUUUGGAAAAUUUAUACUUAUUCUAUUUGCAAUUUCAACUGUUGUAUGUAAUAUACCAAAUCUUUAUUCAUUAUCAUUAUCUGCACAAGUUAUUGCACCAAUAUUGAGUCGUAUACCACGUUUUCUUUAUACUGUUAUUGGUACUGUAGCCUAUGUCCUAUUAACUAUUGUAGCUGCAAGUAAAUUUAAUGAUGCAUUAACAUCAGUUAUGGGUAUAUCUUCAUAUUGGUCUGCAAUAUUUAUGGUUAUUGUAUUUGAAGAUCAUCUAUUAUUUCGAUGUUGUUCAUUUCCAAAUUACAAUUUUAGUAUAUGGAAUUCUUCUAAACUGUUACCAAUUAGUUUGGCUGCUAUUCUAUCGGCAAUAGUUGGUGUAGCUGGUAUUAUACUUGGAAUGUCACAAAUAUGGUUUAGUGGACCAAUAGCAAAAGUUAUUGCAGAAAAUACGGAUAUUGAAGGUACAGAUAUUGGCUUUGAAGUUGGACUCAUAUUUACAGCAGUUACUUUUCCAUUAUUUAGACUUAUUGAACUAUAUUUUAUUCGACGAUGA